AUGGCACAUCGCCAGAUCACCCGGCAACUCCUUGUCGGCGCAUCUAUUACUAUCUUUUUAAUCUUUCUGUUCUUCAUUCAACCACAAGGUCCGCCGAGUCCCGCCGUUCGUGCUCCCGGCCACCUCGACAAAUCCGCGCCGGCCGUGGUGUCCAAGGAUGAUCUGAUCAAAGGGGAGGUGGUGAUGCCUAAGCUGGGCAAUGCAACGGCCAAAGCGGAAUUGGGCCGUGCGACCUGGAAAUACUUCCAUACCAUGCUGGCUCGGUAUCCCGAAGAACCGACCGAGGAGCAGCAGGAAACCCUCCGCUCUUUCAUUUACCUCUUUGCGCGACUUUAUCCAUGUGGCGAAUGCGCCUCGCACUUCCAAGGUCACCUCAAGAAGUACCCCCCACAAGUCUCAUCGCGCAACGCAGCCGCUGGGUGGGGCUGCUUCAUCCACAACGAGGUUAAUAUCAUGCUUGAGAAACCGCAAUUUGACUGCAACAAUAUCGGUGAUUUUUAUGACUGCGGUUGUGCGAAGGACGAAGAGGAGGUGGAGGAGGAGGGGGCGACUGGAAACAAGGAUCUGCCCGAUGCUCGCAGGGACGCCGAUAGCGAUGGCACACCCUUCCCGGUCGAGAUUAACAGGGAACCGUUCGUGCUCCUCUCGUAUCCCAUGAUCAUGGAUACCUUGCUGACCGAACUCGCUCCAGGACUACUCGAGGAUGAACGCUGCGCGCCCUGA